AUGAGCGAGGAGGACUUGGUGGAACUUGGUCGUCGAAUACAGGGCCUGAAGAAAAGCGGCUCGGGUCUAAUCGUCGUUAUCGGAAUGGUACGAACGCGUAGCAAUCUCGAGCGCGAUACCAUUCCAGAAUACGUGGUCACGGCAGGAUUGUUCUCUACGGGAGCUUUGGCUGUGAGGGUUUGGAAUCAAGACAUACAGAUGGAAAAGUUGCCGCCGUGGGGCAAGAAGAACCGGAGGGUCAUGGAUCGUGAAGAUUUCCGUGGGCUGGGCUACCAGUUUUCUCCCUUCAGUUCCAUGUCCAACGAAAAACUCAUUGGGUAUUUGCAGGGCAUACGCAUUGGCCGUAGCCUCGAUUCAUCCUAG